AUGCCAAAUGCUCCAAAGCAGUACUCAGGAAAUAUACCCAAAUGUAACAAAUGCAACUUCCAUCAUCAUGGGGAAUGUCGAGAGAUGAUUUACACAAAUUGCAGACGAAAAGGUCAUACAACAAAGUACUGUAGGACUCAGCUUCAGCAGAACCAGAUGCCAAACAACAACAACAACACCAAUGAUGGGGCCAAUCAUACCUAUUAUGGAUGCGGGAGAACCGGGCAUUUCAGGCGCAAUUGCCCCAACGUUAACAAUCAAGGAGCUGGAGGAUCAGGAAGAGUUUUAACUUUGGGACAAGGUGAAGCAGUCCAAGACCCUACUAUUGUCACCUGUAUGUUCCUACUUAACAACACAUACGCAUGCAUCUUAUUUGAUAGUGUGGAAGAGCGAAGCUUCAUUAGUAACAAGUUUAAACAUUUACUAAAUCAACGACCCCAAAAGCUCAAGGAAACCUUCACGUUGGAAAUGGCUAAUGAGAAGACUGAAUCAAAUAAAGAUAUCUAUAUAGGAUGCACAUUAACACUAAAGAACCACUCCAUGCCUAAGAAGGUUGUUCGCCUUCAUCUUCUUAAUCAUGAAACCCUAAUAAUCUAUGGAGAUAAACUCGACACAAACCUUCGUCUCAUCUCGUGCAUCAAGGCACAGAAGUGCCUACUCAAGAAGAAUUACACGUUCUUAGCUCAUAUUGUGGAUAAAACCAAGGAAGAAAUAAAUCCUCAUAACAUCCCAAUGUUGUGUGACUUUCCAGAUAUAUUUCCUGAAGAUCUUCCAGGAAUACCCCUAGAAAAGCAAGUCGAAUUCCGAAUUGACUUCGUGUCUGGAGCCACUCCAAUCGCCAAAUUACCCUAUAGGUUGGCUCCCACUGAAAUGAAAAGAAUUAUCAAGCUAAUUGAAUGA